AUGAGCGACCAACAGUCUGAAGUCCGCACACCCUUCCCAGGCUAUCAACAGGGACAGGAGCUGCAACUCCAGUUCACGGCUCCCGGACAACCGACUCGUCAGAUCGCAGCCACCAUCCUCCGCGUCAAGGAGCCUUUCACUUGCUCUGUCGCUUUGGUUGUCGGCAUGAUUCUAAACAACAACCCUGAAGUCUUCUUUCUGAAGCUCUAUGACCAUCGCUUUUCCCACGGCAUGCGCGCACAAUUUGAAAUCGGCCCAUACACCCCCGAGAUCGCCACUGCAUUCAACAACUUUGUCCAGACCGGCGGCGCCGAUGCCUUUGGGCUCCACCUUACGGGACAGGUUCACCUGCCUGGUGUGGAAGGCUCAGAGUUCACCCCGGAGCAGGACGAGAUCUUCGUAACCAAGAAUCUCGACGGGCUAUAUCUGAGCGAGGUUGGCGCCUACGACGGCCUGCAAGCCUCCCAGGGCGUCUCCAUCCCCCGGUUCAUGGGCACAUGCGUACUCGACGCCACCCCUCCGGGCUACGACAGCCACGAGUACUUCCAGAUCGAGGGCAUCGUCACCCAGUUCCUCCCCGGGUUCUCCCUCGAAGAUCUGCCCCACUACGCUCCGCGGGGGCUCUGGCAGGAGAUCGUUGACGCCGCCGUCGCGGUCACCCGUGAGGUCGACGCGGCCGACAUGCUCAACAUGGACACCCGUCCGGACAACUUUAUCGUCGUGCCCCACCUCGAGGGCGGGUUCUUCAAGACCUACAUGAUCGACCUGGCCAUGUGCGUUCGGCGCCGGGAGGGCCAGACCGACGAGCAGUGGGGCCGGGAGAAGUGGUGGCGCAACGAGGAGGGCUGUGUCGGCGAGGCGAUGCAGCACAUCCUGAGUCAGCAUGACUUUGAGUUGCGCUUCGAGCGGUCGGACAAGUACGACGCGUAUGCUCACCUGGCCGAGGCAGAGGAGGACGGCGAUGGCGUUGAGGCGGAGUGA